AUGCCGAAACCCAUCGAUAACGCCGGAGAGGACGAGCCACCCGCCCUUCCCUUCCGAACCGGUGGCCCGCUUCGCCGGAACCAAGAAUACCUGAUCUUCUACUUCCUGACCAUAUCGUCGGUGGGCCUAGAAAUCGCGUCUGCAUGUUUGGGAUCGCUCUACGGAGCGCAGAGUCAUUAUUUCAUCGCUACCGUCUCACCAUUCCUCGCUACUCACUGGAUGGCUUUUCUCCAGACCUGCUGGUUAAUGGCGACUGCGUCGCGAACCACGAUUCCCGACCGUAUAGCCUACCUCAACCUCGCCUGCCGAUUUCAAAGACUUUGCGCGCCAACGGCCCUCAUCGGCAUGGUCACCUGGGCAGUUGGAUAUCGCUUUCGCCACAAAGCAUCCAGUCAAGCGUACUGGAUUAUCUGGCUGGUCGUGUGGAUUUCGGAAACCGUGAUGUGCAUCAUGAAUGUCUACAACAACAUUAAUUGGGAAAGCGACUUGCUAUAUCAAAUCGCGCCAGAAUACCCCCAAGGAAAUUACUGGCUAGGCGUAUUCGGAAUUCGAUCCUUGUGCCAGGCGGAGUAUACAAAUCCCAAGGACGAAGGCCUUGAGUUGAAGGAGAACCUAAACAGAGAGGUCUAA